UAUUCUCAUUCAAUAUUAUCUACGAAAUAUAAAAACUCCAAUAACAAUAUUUAAAGGUUAAAAUUGUUUUAAGCAAUUUAGAAUGAUUCAAGAAAAAUCGCGUAAAGCGAUAAUUAGCAAUAAAGGAGAUUUAAAUUUUGCAGUUGCACAAAAUAAUAUAUCUACUCAGAAAUUGAAAUUCGGAAGUAAAUGCGGAGAUGUAUUUUUUCAAAGGGACGUUGAGAAAUUUUCUGUAGUUUGUGGAUUAUGUGAAUUAAAUUUUAGAAAUUUUAAUUCAUUUUCAAAUCAUUUUUUAAAUCAACAUUUGGUAAAAUGGAAUGAUUCAAAGGUUGAAGUAAAAUUCGAAACUGAUGCAAAAGAAACAAAUUGUAGUGGUACCUCAUUAAAUCUUUCACCACAAAUUAAUGAGUCAAAUAAUAUUAAAAGAAACCCGUUCAGUUUUAGUUUUCUAGAAAAAAAGAAUUUGUUUUGUGAUGCGAACUGUGAAAAUGAUAACAAUAAGGAAAUCUGUAAAUCAACCGAUGAGAAGGAAUCAGUACAUGACAUUAAUAACGUACCAUCUGACAGUAAAUUUUCUACUUCUUUUUUAAAUUUUGAGGCACCCAGCGAAUUAAAGCACCAUGAAGAAGACGAUAUUUGUUCAAGUCUUACUGGUGUCUUAGAAGCGAACUUGGAAGAAGAUUCUGCAAAAGAUUCAAAUAUGAAAUUAAACUGUAAAUAUUGUCAUGUAAAGUUUGUAUCUCGAGCACUCGUCGUUGAACAUUUGAAAAUAUGCAAGUUAAAUUCAAUGAAAAAACGGGUUUCAAAAUUUUCAACAAACGAACUGACAUGUGAAACUUGCAAACGUUUGUUACCAAAUAUAUCUUCCUUAUUAAGACACAGAUUUUCUCAUAUAGAAAAAAGUAAAAGGCCAUAUAAAUGCAAGAUUUGCUUGAAGGGCUUUAACACUACCAAAAAUUUAGAAAAGCAUAGUAAAGUGCAUAACGAGCCGCGAAUAUACGAAUGUGAUUUCUGCUUUAUAAAAUUUAAUUCAAUAUCUUCCAAAAAUGAGCAUCAGAGAAAACAUUCGGUUGAAUAUCGGUUGCUUGUUAAAGGUAUUGGCAAAAAGAAAGCUGUUUUGCAACAGAUUGAAAAUGGUAACUCAGAAAACUCGGUUCUUGAAAUUAACUACAGUGUCCCAAAUGGAUACUGGCGAUGCGAGGUUUGUGACAAAAUGUUCAAAAACUCGUACAAGCCGGAGGAGCACAAACGUUUUCAUGAAAACGUAACACCAUUUAUAUGUGAAUUGUGUGGAAAGAGUGUGGUUUCCCAACAAAUGUUAAAUCAUCAUAUAUUGGUGCACAAAGAAGAACGCAGAUUUAAGUGUUUAAAAUGUGGUACUAGUUUUUACACAUCAGCUCAUCUCAAAAGGCAUGAGCAGACAACUUGUAAUUCUCAGAAACUUUUUCAAUGUGAAAUAUGUCAAUAUCGUUUUAAAAGAAAGGAGCACCUGACGGCGCAUGCUUUGACUCAUGAAAAGAACCGGAGUAAAGAUUUCAAAUGCGAAUACUGUAAUGCCGGAUAUCUUACUUCAAACUCUCUUCGCGUUCACAAAAAAAAACAUAUGGUAGCUACUGAUGGACCUUUCAUAUGUAAUCUAUGCUCUGCUGUUUUCUCAAGUAAGGAAGCCGUCAAAAGACAUGAACGAAGACAUAAAAAUAAAGGCGCAUUUAAAUGUGAACAUUGCGAGAAAAAAUUCAAUGACAAGGACGACAUGCAACAACACACCAAAAGACAACAUUUUUCAGAAAUAAAGCCUUAUUUGUGUGUCGUUUGUAAUAAAUGUUUUAUAAAGAAAUCACAUUUAAAAGAUCACCUUACAACUCAUAAUAAAUCAUAACAUCAUAUUUCUAUUUGACAAAUACCUUCUACUAGAAGGUAUUUGUCAGUGUGGUUUAAAAGGUUAAUGUUUAAAUUACUUUUAGACUUAUAGAUUGGGAAUUUAAACAUUAACUUUGUAACUAAUAAAUUUGCAGAAAUUAUAUUAAGAGAUACAUUCAAAAGAAACCUGAACAUAUUAUUAAAUAAGGAAUAUAAUUGAUGUAAGAUUAUUGAUAGAUAUGUAUAUUCAAAAGAAACCUGAACACCUUAUUAAAUACGUUAUUUAAUUGACGUAAGAUUUAGAAAAUGAAUUCUUGUCUAAAAUUUGAAAUAAUGGAACUAGCAAUUCUUGUGAAAAAUUGAGAAUUAAAAAUUAAUAAAUUUAAUGUAUCAUAUGUUUUCGAAACCCUUGGAUAUAAAAAUGUCGAAGUUCUUUCAUGAAUUAUAAAAGAAGAAGUUCUAUCAUGAAUUUCUUUCGUAUUUAUUUAUAAUUCCGAAUUACUAAUAUGCCUAUUCUAAGAUCCGUCGUAAUAUUGUUUUGAUCUACGAACUACGAUACGACCCUGAAGGACAUGGAAUUUUUCGCAGUGUUAAAAACAAAUGAAAAAGGAAAAAACAAAAUACACCGAGGAACAAAAAUUAUUUAAAUUUGAAAGUAAGCAAAUAAUAGUGGUGUUAUUAGUAAAUUAAAAAAAAAAUUUUAUUCAAGUAAGCUAUUUAAACAAAAGAAUAUUUUGGAAAUUUAAUUCGGAAUAGUGUGUGUUGAAGAGGAAGAAAGAAUGGAGAUAUAUUAUUCUCUAAUAUUGAUAGAAAAAUCCUUUCGACGUGGAUGGUAUUUUGUAAGUUCUGAAUAUUUUUACAUGGUUAUAAAUAUAUCGCAAAAUUUAUACUUCGUAAAAAGAUUAUACAUUAUGCCAAAAAAAUACUUUUCAUAUUUAUAUUGCUUAUAUUGUGAUUGAUUAGUUUUAAUUUUAGCCGUUUGGAUACAAAAAUAAUAAAAAAC